AUGUUUCUUUUGGCGUUUGAAGGAUUUCAAGCUUCUAAAUUCUUGAAAAGAGACGUAGCUAUUGAAGGUUCACCUAGUGGAGAUUAUGAACCUGUUAGAACUUUUUGUCCAAAUGGACCUAAUCUUAGAUUUUCAGAAACAGGAGAUUCUCGUCUAAGUGAAGCAGAAACAAAUUAUGUAAAAGAAAAAUCAUCCAAAUCAAUCCCAUUAUGGAAAGAUUAUUUAAAUCGAGUCAAACUUAAUAAUUUUGAUGUAAACCAAUUUUUAGCUAAAGCUGAACAUCAAGGAGGGAUUGGAAUGAAUACGUUACCUUCUUUUGGUUUUGCAAUUAGUGGUGGUGGGGUUAGAGCAUUAUGUUUAGGUGCAUCAAUUCUCGAAGGAUUUGAUGGUAGAAAUCAAAAAGCUGUAGAUGCUAAGGUUGGUGGUUUAGUUCAAUUGGCUACAUACGCUUCUGGAUUAUCUGGAGGAGCUUGGUUAUUAGGAUCAUGGGCUACAUCAAAUUUCCAAAGAUUACCAAUUUUAAAUCAAACACUUUGGAGAUUGACUGAAGAAAAUGAUUUAUGGGAUUGGAAUAUUGCAAAAGACUAUCCUAAUAUAUAUCAUGUGAUUAAAGAGAAAAAGGAAUCAGGUUUUCCUAUCACACUUGUAGACGCUUGGGGUAGGAUUGUUGCUAGGCAUUUUAUAAAUGAUCAUGAUAAAGGAAAAGGUGUUUUAUGGUCAUCAAUUCGUGAUACAAGUGGUUAUAAAAAUCGUGAAUUUCCAUUUGUGAUAGUUUUAUCACUAAGUAGACCAAGUCCUCAUCAAUCAAUUUCAAUUCAAUGCCCAAUUUAUGAAUAUACUCCAGAAGACUUCACUGUUUGGAAUCCACGUUUAAAUGCGUCUAUACCUAUUCAAUACUUAGGUACAGCCGCACCUUCAUUUAAAGAUCGAGAUGUUUGCGUUGAAGGAUAUGAUAAUGCGGGAUUUAUCAUGGGUAUGUCAAGUAACAUCUUAUCAUCAGUUCCUAAUACUUUCCGAGGUCUUGGUGCAUCACCUCCUGCAAGAUUUUUUGAUAGUGAUGCCGAAAUGCUUUUAAUGGCUGAUGGAGGUUUAGCUAGUGAAAAUAUUCCACUUUUUCCAUUGAUUCAACCUAUAAGACAAUUAGAUGUUAUAAUUGCAAUUGAUUCAUCUGCUGAAGAAAGGGUUGAGACUGAAGGUCAUACGGGUGGAUACCCAAAUGGGACUUCAUUAUAUAUGACUUACCUGAAGACCCAAUUGCCUGAAUAUAGUGGAUACAGAUUUCCAAAGAUACCGAAUGCAAUUGAUGGUACAUUUUUUCAAAACGGAUAUACUAAGCGGCCUACAUUCUUUGGUUGUUAUGAUCCACCACCUACUCCUUUGAUAAUUUAUUUACCAAAUUAUGGUGCAGUAGCAGAAACAGAUAGUGAAAGUUCACAAACCACUUAUACCGGUGAACUGAUUGGUCAAUUUUUUGAUAAUGGAUUUGCAAUUGCAACUCAAUCACAAGGUACCACUUUUGAUCCAGAAUGGCCUGCUUGUCUUGCUUGUGCUUUAAUUGAUAGACAAAUGAUAAGGAAUUUGACUCCUAGAACUGAUCAAUGUAAUAAUUGUUUUAAAAGAUACUGUGCAGUAGUACCAUGA